GGGAAUUUUGCUUGCUGAAACGUGGUAGCUUUCAAUUGCCAGAACCCCCCCGCGCAAGUUCAGUCGAGCUCCGAUACGGGUACAAGUAAAGGGUCCUCUCCGCCCACGAACGCUUUUCAUCUCCUUGCACCCACCCCAAUCAAUAGUUACAAUUCAUCAAAAGUGACUACAGGCACAAUGUUCAACCUCAGGCGGCUCUUUGUGGCUGCUGCCCUCUUCUUGGGCGUCAUGCUCAGCUUCACCCAGACGGUGGCUGCUGUCCGAGGCCCCAAGAUCACCCAUAAGGUCUUCUUCGACAUGGAGCACGAUGGUGAGCCAAUGGGCCGUAUCGUCAUGGGUCUCUACGGGAAGACCGUUCCCAAGACCGUUGAGAACUUCCGUGCUCUUGCCACCGGCGAGAAGGGCUUUGGAUACAAGGACUCUACUUUCCACCGCGUCAUCAAGGACUUCAUGAUCCAGGGUGGUGACUUUACCAAGCACGAUGGCACCGGCGGAAAGUCGAUCUACGGUGACCGCUUCCCCGACGAGAACUUCAAGCUUAAGCACACCAAGAGGGGUGUUCUGUCCAUGGCGAACGCCGGCCAGGACACUAACGGCUCGCAAUUCUUCAUAACUACUGCCACAACUUCUUGGUUGGAUGGCCGCCACGUCGUCUUCGGCGAGGUUCUCGAGGGUUACGACAUCGUCCAGAAGAUCGAGGGCGUCGACAAGAGCCCCAGCGACAAACCUAUCAAGACUGUCAAGAUCGCCAACAGCGGAGAGCUUCCUGUUCCCGAAGAAGGUAUUCACGUGGAGCUCUAAACGCCUCGCCCUGUACAUACAUCCCUUACUACGUGUCAUUGUGUCUUCCUCUUUCACACUUCUGGGUGUUGCAGUAGCAGAACCAAAGACAUGAAGUCUGGGUUUUGGAUGGCCGUCUUUUCCCUUCCUCCUCUCUUGACCUUGUCAUGAGCUUAAGGCAGUAAUGAGAAAGACAAAAAAAAAAGAUAUGAAGAAAUGCACAUGAUACAAUGGC